UUGAAAUUAAUUCAUCGGUGGAACGCAACCAUGAAGCUGACCCUGAGUAUAGUCCUGCUGGGCGUAAUAGCCGCUCCUGCCCUGGUGCAUGGAUCGUCUGACGUCAAAGAGGACAACACAAAUGCAAAGUUUUUCCUGAAGUCUUACCAGACGACGACCGUCACGACGCUGAGCAUCAUCCUGACGACUGUGCCUUACUUCUGUGCUGUCACAUCAACAUCUACAGGAGCCGGAGCACCAACACUGAUGGCCUGUACUGGACGUAACUUGAUGCGGAAGCGGAGACUCAGUUUCCGGGGCAUAGAGAAACCGAAAACAGUGCAGCUGCAGGACUCGACGGAGACGUCCCGGAGUUGGCGGGGACGAAGGAGGUCGUGGAGGAGGGAAAGGAGAGGUUCUUCUUCACCCUGUGGCAGAGCUCGACCACCACUCUCACCUUUUGGUGGAUCCAUUAGAAUGUCAUCAAGAGAAAAUAUGCAUUAUGAGGAGUGUACAAGAUACAUAGCUAAGCUGACUCUGAGUAUAAUCCUGCUAGGCCUAAUAGCCGCUCCUGCCCUGGUGCAUGGAUCGUCUGAGGUCAAAGAAGAAGGCGCGAAUGCGAAGUUUUUCCUGAAGUCGUACCAGACGACGACCGUCACGACGCUGAGCGUCGUGCUGACGACCGUGCCUUACUUCUGUGCAGUCACAUCUACGCCUGCGGCAGGACCACCACUGGGCGCCUGUACCGGACGUAAUCUGAGGCGGAAGCGAAGGGUCAGCAUCCGUGAGAUGGACCCAGAGAAAAGCGUCCAACUGGAGGAGUCGACGGAGGACGUCCCGCAGGCGGUGAAGGAGGAGGAGGACGGGAACGAGAGGCUCUUCUUCACCCUGUGGCAGAGCACGACCACCACAGUCACCGUGACGUCGACCAGGACCAACACCAGCAUCACCAUUUCGGCUUCGGCCUUUUGCACCUUCGCAAAUUAUAACGUUCCUCUGUGCUAAUGGGGCAUUCGUUCUCUAUCCUUUUCUUUUUUUUUUUUUUUUUUUUUUACCAGCCUGCUGCCGAAAGAUACUUGACAAUCAAAGAAUGAGGACCUCUGCUCCUUUUUCCCGGUUUGUCUUUUAGCUUUAAGUCAAUCAAUGUUCAUCAUUAUCACAGAAUUCUCUAAUAAUUAGACCUGUUCUAUCAGUGAUAAACUAAAAUUGUCUAUUUGUGAUUAUAUCAUCUAAUUCUGUGUAUGAUUUUGAACAGAUUUAUCACAACCAAGAAUUGACUGAACACAUCUAUUGAGAUGUUAGUUUUACUCUAGAUGUAUUUUAGAAUUUAGUAAGCUAGUUUAAGAAUGCUUUUAAAAAAUUGUAAAAUAGCGUGAUUUUCUUGCGACCCUGUACAGAAUAAACAUAGCAGAAGAGUUUCAUUUUCGUUACAACACCUAUACGUAGUCUAUCCUCAAC